AUGACGGAGCACCUUCUGAAAAUACUGAUUGUUGGUGACGGAAAUGUCGGCAAGUCUUCCUUUGUUCAUCGGUAUGUCAGUGGACAGUUCAACAAGACCUACAGGAUGACAGUGGGCGUGGAUUUCUCCGUGAAACUGCUGCACUGGUCUGAUAAAGAGAAGGUCAGACUGCAACUUUGGGACAUCGCAGGCCAGGAGCGUUUCAUAUCCAUGACCAGGAUUUACUAUAAAGGAGCAGUGGGCUGUGUGGUGAUGUUUGACGUCACCAGUUCCUCCAGUUUCUCCAGCUGUCGCCACUGGAAACAGGACCUGGGCAACAAGGCCAUGCUGCCCAACGGAGACUCCAUCCCCUGCAUUCUGGUGGCCAACAAGUGCGACCUUGCUGAGAGGGUUGUGUCUGCAGACACCAUCGACAAGUUCAGCAAAGCCCACGGCUUCAUUACAUGGAUGGAGAUUUCAGUCAAAGAAAACAAGAACAUUGGAGAAGUCAUGAGGAGGCUGGUGCAGGAGGUCCUGUCAGUUCAGACCACUCUGGACCUGCUGAAUCACAGAGCUGAAUCCCGAGGUGAUCCUAAGCUGGACACAGAGAUCAACAGCAGUGCAGGAGGAAGAGCCUGCUGCUGA